AUGGUCGUUCCUGAUUCCGCCAACCCCGCUUGGAGCAUGCGCCCUGCCGCCGUGAUGGUUGGCGGUCAGAGACGCCGCAACACGCGCCGUUCCAACGCACCGCGCUCCAACACUACGCCCAAUCUCGGUCUUGACUCACUCGCCGGGAGGGAGAAUGCGAGUGGUAUCACCGCAGCACAGCAUACGGAUCAAGUUGAACAUUCUCAUGUUUCACCUUCUUCUGCGCCUUCAAGUCCUAUGGCCAACUCCUACGCACACAACGGUGGCUCUCCAGGCGAUCGUCAUCGCCCUCUCCCAUCGCGCCCAUCUGAUGGCUUUUCGAGUAUUCCGGCCGCCCAUUCGCCUACACCCACAACAGGAAGCGCAUCGACAACAGUCACGGAGGCCAAGAAGAGGCAUGGCAAAUUCGGUUUCAAGUCAAAGGAUCAAGACCGCCCGAGCAGCUCCCAUGAGCCUACUCUCCAGCUGUCGCCUCUACCCGCCGUUGACACCUAG